AUGGGACCACACGGACUGUGUUUGCAGCUCGGCACCAUGGCUUGCGGGCUCCUGCUGCUCCUCGUCCCAGGCGAGGGCCAGGACUCCACAAGCCCCAUCAGGACCACACAUUCUGGGCAGGUGCAAGGAAGCCUGGUCCAUGUAAAAGGCACCGACAUGGGCGUCCACACCUUCCUGGGCAUUCCCUUUGCCAAGCCACCUCUGGGGCCACUGCGUUUUGCACCUCCUGAACCUGCUGAAGCUUGGAGUGGAGUGAGGGAUGGCACCUCCUAUCCAGCCAUGUGUCCACAGAACCUUGCAAUAAUGGGUGAUGAUGCUCUGAAUAUGACAAUGUCCCUGCUAUCCAUCCCCAUGUCUGAGGACUGCCUGUACCUUAACAUCUAUGUGCCUUCCCAUGCCUAUGAGGACUCCAAGCUGCCUGUAAUGGUAUGGAUCCAUGGAGGUGCAUUGGUUGUAGGCAUGGCUUCUGCAUAUGAUGGCUCCACUCUGGCAGCCUUUGAGGAUGUAGUGGUGGUCACCAUCCAGUACCGCCUGGGCAUCCUGGGAUUCUUCAGCACUGGAGACCAGCAUGCCAGUGGCAACUGGGGCUACCUGGACCAAGUGGCCGCACUGCGCUGGGUGCAGAAAAACAUUGCCCACUUUGGAGGCAACCCUGACCGGGUCACCAUAUUUGGCGAGUCUGCAGGGGGAAGGAGUGUGUCCUCGCAUGUGCUAUCACCCAUGUCGCAAGGGCUCUUCCAUGGAGCCAUCAUGGAGAGUGGGGUAGCCGUGAGGCCUGGCCUCAUCGCCAGCUCAUCUGUGCCAAUCUCCAAGGUGGUGGCCAACCUGUCUGGCUGUGGCCAGGUGGACUCUGAGACCCUGGUGGGCUGCUUGCGGGCCAAGAGUGAAGAGGAGAUGCUGGAGAUGACCAAGACCUUCAUGACUAUCUCUGGGGUUGUUGAUGGCGUCUUCCUGCCCAGACACCCCUAUGAGCUGCUGGCCUCUGCGGACUUCCAACCGGUCCCCAGCAUCAUUGGUGUCAACAAUGAUGAGUACGGCUGGAUCCUCCCCAAGUUGUUCUCUGCCAGAGACACUAGGAAUGAAAUCCACAGAGAGGCCAUGGAGGCUCUAAUACAUCAUACAUCUGAGCAAUGGAUGCUGCCUCCAAGGAUAGGGCAACAGUUGGUGGACGAAUACCUUGGUGACAAUGAGGACCCAAAGACCCUCAUGGCUCAGUUCCAGGAGAUGAUGGCUGAUGCCCUCUACGUGAUGCCAGCACUCCAUGUCGCCCAUUUUCAGCGUUCCCACGCCCCCGUCUACUUCUAUGAGUUCCAGCAUUCACCCAGUUUCAUGAAGGACUUCCGGCCACACCAUGUGAGGGCUGACCAUGGCGAUGAGCUUCCCUUUCUCUUCAGAUCCACUUUCUCUGGCACAAAAGUGACUCUCACUGAGGAGGAGGAGCUGCUGAGCAGGAGGAUGAUGAAGUACUGGGCCAACUUUGCUCGCACCGGGAACCCCAAUGGCGAGGGCCUGCUGCAUUGGCCCGUCUUGGACCAAGAGGAGCAGUACCUGCAGCUGAAGGUGCAGCCUGCAGUGGGCCAGGCCCUGAAGGCCCACAGGCGCCACUUCUGGGCCCAGACCCUGCCCAAGAAGAUGCAAGAGCUGAUGUGGGCUGAGCAGAAGCACGUGGAGCUGUAGCUGCCUGUGUCUAGAUGGGUGACCCUGACCCCAGCCACGGCCAUCACUCACCUGCCCAGCCUGCCCCCACCAAACCCUUGUGGAGGACCUGUUGCCUGGGCCACCUGCCCAGCCUGCCCUGAGUGUCCUGUGCUAAAUGCACUCACCAACCCCCAUGA